UCCAUGAGGGUUUACGUUCUUCGCAUACAAAUGUCAAACAAUGGCAGACUUCGAUACUAUUUACGAAGAAAAUGACGAUGAACCACCUAUUCCAGCUGAAGUGGUUGUGAAUUUACCUGAUCCCAUCAUAAUAAGAGGAGCUGGAAAUGUGACAAUAUUUGGUCUAAGUAACAGAUUUGAAGCAGAGUUUCCAACUAGUCUUUCAGCAAAGGUUGCACCAGAAGAGUUCAAAGCUACUAUAGUUAGAUUAAAUGGUGUAUUAAAGAAAGCCUUGCCAGUUAAUGUAAAAUGGUUAUUCUGCGGGUGUAUAUGUUGUUGUUGUACCCUUGGCUGUUCAUUAUGGCCAGUUGUCUGUCUCAGUAAAAGAACACGUCAUGCAAUAGAAAAAGUAUUAGAUUGGGAAAACAAUCAUCUUUAUCACAAAUUAGGUUUACAUUGGAAGUUAAGUAAACAGAGAUGUGAUUCUAGUAGUAUGAUGGAAUAUGUUAUGUUAAUAGAAUUUAUACCAAAAAUACCUAUAUUUCGUCCAGACUGAGGACAGAUCUGCUCUUUCAAAGACAUCUCAUUAUUUGUGACAUUGUUGUCCAUGACAGUAAUCAUGACUGAUCAUAUAAUUCCAUUAAAACCAUGAUGUUGUCAAUCAUAAUUAUAUAUAUAUAUAUAUGUGUAUGUGUUUUAUGUGAUUACUGAAUCUUGAUGCUUUAUUGUAUGUUUGAAGAUGUAAUGAACAAUGUAGAAUAACAGAAGUCAGAUAUUUGUCAUUUACUAAUAGUCUGUUUGCCACGUUCUGUAAUGAGGGGCCUGAUGGGUUAUUUUCGUUCUUCGUGAUCGGUGCAUUUUCGCUAUCGUGAUCCGUUUUUCUACAUAUUUAUUUUUUUUUUAUAUUUUCGUGAUCCGUGAUCAUGGAAAUUUAUUUUCUGUGAAUCGUGAUUGACAAAAAAAUCAACUCGUGAUGAGACCCC